AUGCCCUGCGACAGGCACGUGGCCAUCUGCAAGCCUCUGCAAUACCCAGCCCUCAUGAGGAGCAACAUCUGUUCCAUGAUGCCUGUGGGGGUCUGGUUUUCGUCUUCUGUGCAGGCCCUGAUGUGCUCCCUCCAUGUGCUGCCUCUGCCCUACUGCAAGCCCAACGUGAUCCACCAUUAUGCAUGUGAUUAUCCGGCUCUUGUCCAGUUGUCUUGCUCUGAUGACUCUGCCUUUGAAAGAACAACCUGCCUUGGGAACGUCUUGGUCCUUCUCACCCCUCUCUCGGUCAUCCUGGCUUCCUACCUGGCCGUCCUCUUGCAGGUGCUGCGAGCCCGUUCCUCGGAGAGGGGCCACAAGGCCCUGGGGACCUGCUUGUCCCACCUGUGUGUGGUGGGGCUCUUCUGCGGAGCAGCCCUCCUGGCCUGCAUGGCCCCCGCAGCCUCCCAUUCGGCUCAAAAGGCCGUGAUCAACACCGUGUUCGCUGCUAUUGUACCUGCCAUGCUGAACCCCUUCAUAUACAGCCUGAGGAACCGGGAUGUCUUGGCAGCACUGAGAAAGCUCCUUGCAAAAUAUGCAUUGCAUCGUGAUUGA